AUGGAAUAAAUAUUUCCUCGAUAAAAGCAACCAGGCUAAUAAAGGAAGCCUUUUGUCAAGUCAAAAAGUUUUUCAAGUGGAGUGAGCAACAUGUUUAAGGGCAUUGAUAUCUAUGGACAGUAAAUUAAUUUGACUUACAAAGGAGACGAUACAUUUAAAACAAUGCCUGGUGCUGUUACAUCUUUGAUGAUAAUAUCUCUCAUAGUAGCCUUUACAGUAGUGAGAAGCAUAGUUUUAUUCAAUCGCUAGGAUCCCAAUAUAAGUAAAGCUUCUUUCUAAAUGGACCUCGAUUAAGCUGGAGAAUUUAGACCUUAAGACAGUGGUUUUGACAUAGCAUUUGGUAUUGGAGAACAUCUAGACCCUAAGUAUGGAUAUUACUAAGCAAAACUCGUACAUUUUUAUUAUUCGGGAAAGCUUGACAGUAAAGGCUAGCUUGAAAGAUUAAAAGAGAAGAUAGAUAUUCCAUUUAAAGAAUGUGGUAAAGAUCUGCUCAAUUACUAAAAAUAGGCAGAUAUAGAAAAAUACGGAAUCGAUAAGUAAAUGUGUUUCUCGAACGACAACUAUUCAUUACAAGGUGAUUACUACUCAGAUGAAUUCAGAUAUAUAGAACUUAGACUAUAUAAAUGUGCUAAUACCAGCAAAUCCUAGAAUUGUGCGCGUAAUGAAUAGAUUGAUGAGUUUUUCAACUCUAAAAAGUUUAGCAUGCCUUUUGUAAAUUAGUUUUUUGACUUCUCUGAUUUCUAGUCCCCAGUUAAACCAUAUAUUGAUGAUUCCUUAUUUUGGGAGCUUGACAUGUCAACAAGGAAUAGCGCUAAUUUUUAUAUUCAAUAGUAGUAGGCUUAACUUUAAGAUGACUUGCUAUAACUAGGUUAGCAAGACACAUUGACAUUUGCAUAGGUAUCUAAUUAAAGAACGUAUGACGAUGGCUUUUCUAGUAGCGAUAACAUUAUUUGUAGUAUUUUCAUUAGAUUUGAUAACAGAUACGACAUUUAUAAUCGUCAAGUAUAUUCAAUACUCGUAUUAUUGGGAGAUAUUGGAGGUCUUUAGCAGUCAUUAUACUUGCUCGGGCUUAUAAUGAUUGGGUUUUUUUCAAGAAGGAUAUUUGUGUCCUCAAUUCUUAAGCAAAUAUAUCAAAUAAAAUAUUGGUAGGAUGAAAGAGAUUAAGAUAAGAAGAGAAUAGAGCGAGAGAACUAAAAACUUAUUGGCUCGGAUAAGAACAAAAAUCAAGAUACAUACAUGUUUGAUAACCAAAGUCCUGUUAUUAAACCUUAAAGAAGUGGAGGAUCUUUUAAUCAAUUUGAUUAUGGCAAAAGCUAAUAGUAGAGAACAAUAAAGAUAAAUGCGAGUACAUCUGAUUUAGAUCAGACCAAAAUUCAUAAUUAAUCAACUAUUAGCAAUAAUCAUUCAAUGCAAACUCUCCAGAUUAAUGAUAGCAGCCCUUUAUAAAGUCCAAAUAAAACCUUCGAAAACUUGAAUCAAAUAGAUGAUAAGCAAUUGAAAAUGGAAAAAAGAGAUGGAUCAUAGGAAAUAGAUAUCAAGGACAAGUAAAAGUUUAGUAUAGAAAACGCUUUGAAGUACAAGGACAAACUGCUAGAGAGUGAAAUUAACACGAUCCUAUUAAAUCUGAUAAACAGAAGAAGGUUCAGUUAUUCUGGAAAGGAUAUUGUAAGAUAUAUCUUUGAUUGUAUCUGCUGCAAGAAAUUCUAAAAGAUUAAGCAUUCAUAGAAAUAUAAGAAUCACUUCAUAUUUAAAAAGGGAGAAGAAAAGUUGUAAGAAGAGCUAAACGUGGUCAAUCUGCUAAGAAUGAUUAGGUAGGUUAAGCUGAUGACGUAGGUGCUAAUGGAUUAAAAGUAAAAACUUAUCCUGAGAUUCUAGAGAAAGAACCUUAUAGAGACCAGCUCGAGUUCAUAGGACAGUGAUAAUAACAAUAAAUUUGAUUCGUUUAAAAUAAUGGAGAGCAAGAAUCCUAUGAUAAGACUUGUGUUCUUUGGGAAAAUGAAGAAGAUGAUGAUGUCAUACAAGAAUACGAAGAUUGAAAAUAUUGAUAGGAGAUUGUUCAGAGGACUCUUUAUGAGAAACUUAAAAGAUUUUGAUGAGGAUUACAAGGAGAAGAUAUCAAAUAAGAGUCUAUUAAUGAGACUUAGGUAAGCGAUGAUAACAUCACAGGCUAUUCCAUAUGAAGCGACUGAUGUGGACCACAGUGACGACAAGCUCUUUCAUUUAGAAGCCAAUUUAAAUACCAUAAAGGAAAAUACUGAAGAUGAUCCAUAUUAUCAUGAUCAUGAAAACUUCAGCAGGGAAAAUCUCAAAAGAUAAUCUAGAGUUAGCAAGGCUCGAAAAAAUGUGCAUGAAAAUCAUAUUUUAAAUAGUGGUGAUAAGAGUGAUUAGUAUCAAUAUGAAACUUUCAACUAUGGAGUGCCCAGUAGCGACACUUUUGAGAGACUAUUCAAGAAUAUGUCGGACAAGCCUAUAGUAUUGAGUUCAGUUGAUUUACCUGAUGAGAAUAGCAACCUGUUUGAGAAUAGUGAUAAGAGCCUCUCUCACAAGUACAAAUUCACUUUAAACAAGCCUACUUCAAUGAUGAUAGCUAGAGAUGAUGAAAUAGUAGAAAAUCAGGUAGACAUGGAAAAUCAAAUUCUUCAGGAAUCUAAUCUAAUGGAGCAAGCCUAAGUCACUGCCUCUGUUAAUAAUAAUAAGAUAGUUAAUAAAUAACCAGCGAAGAUCAUUUAUGACACUAAAGGGGGCUCUAAAAAGCUUAAUUUGAAGAAAAAAUUGUGA